GUCCGUGAUACGAAAUAUAUCACAGCACUCGAAAACACGGCCAUAUUUGUUCAUGUAGCGGUCACGGGCAUGUCAUUUCGUCAUGUCUGUCAGCGCUUUCAGCAUAGUUUGGACACCAUCAGCAAAAUAUUCUACACUGUCUUGAACUCGCUUGUUGCGAAAAAUUUCUAUUGGCAAUAUGUAUUCCUACCCCCAGACGAAACACCUUCCGCUAUCCGUGACGAUCCCAAGUUUUAUCCCUUUUUCAAGGAUGUCUGUGCUGCUGUAGACGGUUCACAAUAUGGUGCAUAU